AUGGGUUCGAUCAUGGAAAGCUCUCCGAAGGGCGGGUUCAAGCUAGUCCUGCAGAAUCCCUACUUGUGUGGCGUCGCCUCGUUCUCGACCCUGGGCGGCUUGCUUUUUGGCUAUGACCAGGGGGUUAUUAGCGGUGUGAUCACUAUGGAGUCUUUCGGGGCUCGGUUUCCGCGGGUCUUCUCCGAUAGUGGAUUCAAGGGGUGGUUCGUAUCAACGCUGCUGCUUGCUGCAUGGCUUGGUUCUUUGCUUAAUGGGCCUGUUGCCGAUCGCGUCGGCAGAAAAGUAUCUAUCGAUUUGGCGGUAAUCAUCUUUGUGAUUGGGUCUGCUAUUCAGUGUGGCGCAGUGGAUAUUCCCAUGCUAUUCGUCGAAGGCCGAGCAAUUGCCGGCUUGGCUGUUGGCCAGCUUACCAUGGUAGUUCCUCUGUACAUCUCUGAGGUAUCUAUCCCGGAGAUUCGCGGUGGGCUAGUGGUGCUACAACAACUGUCGGUCACUAUUGGCAUCUUGGUCAGCUACUGGAUCGAUUAUGGCACCAACUACAUUGGCGGCACCCGAUGCGCCCCGGGUAUCCCGUACACCGGUGGAACACCUGCUUCCCCCAGCUUCAAUCCGUAUACAGAUGUCCCGAUAGGGGAUAUUGCUCCGGCUAUUAUUCUGGGAAUUGGCAUGCUGUUCUUCCCCGACUCACCGCGUUGGCUUUUGAUGAAGGAACGUGAUGAAGAAUCACUCAAGGCACUCUCGAGACUGCGUCGGCAACCUAUUGAAAGCUCCUCUCUGCAGAACGAAUACCUGGAGAUCAGGGCGUCGAUCAUGCUGGAGAGCACAUUUGCUCGGGAGCAUUUUCCUAAUCUGACGGGCUACAAACUUCAUGCCGCCCAGUACGCUUCUCUUGUUACCAGCUGGGCACGCUUUAAGCGAUUGGCGAUUGGCUGCUGUGUGAUGUUCUUUCAGCAGUUCAUGGGAUGCAAUGCUCUCAUCUACUAUGCACCUACUGUCUUCGCCCAGCUGGGCCUCGACGGAAACACUACCUCUCUCCUCGCUACGGGUGUGUAUGGUAUUGUCAACUGCCUCAGCACUCUUCCUGCCCUCUUCUUCAUCGACAAGGUGGGCCGCCGACCACUGCUGAUGGCCGGCGCCACCGGUACAUGUAUCUCCUCGUCAUUGUGGGGGGGUAUUCUGGGCGGCUAUGGAGACAGCUUAAUCAACAAUAAGUCAGCUGGCUGGGCUGGGAUCGCUUUCAUCUAUAUCUAUGAUAUCAACUUUUCGUACUCAUUCGCCCCCAUCGGCUGGGUCCUUCCGUCUGAAAUCUUCAACUUAUCUAUCCGAUCCAAGGCCGUCUCGAUCACGACCUCGGCUACGUGGAUGUGCAACUUUAUUAUCGGUCUCGUCACCCCCGAUAUGCUCGAGACGAUCUCCUGGGGGACAUACAUCUUCUUCGCCGCUUUCUGCCUCAUUGCACUCGCCUUUACAUUCUUUGUGAUUCCUGAAACUCGCGGGAAGACUCUCGAAGACAUGGAUCUUAUAUUUGGCGAUACAGCUGCUCACGAAGAGAAGAAGCACAUCAAGAACAUCGAGGCUCAGCUGCGUGGCCUAACCGUGGAAGAUGAUGAGGUGUUGAAGCCAAUUGAGCAGCACAGAGAAAUCGUUGAUGACGCAUAA